AUCAACCCAAGGGGAGAUUUGGUGCCACAAUCUGUUUCUGUUUUCUUAUCCAAAAUAUUAUUAUUAAUUAUUAUUUAUUAAUUAUUAUUAUUAUUAUUAUUAUUAUUAUUAUUAUUAUUAUUAUUAUGCUGUUCAACACAUUAAUUGUUUCGUUUGUUUGUUUGAAUCACCAAAUGGAAACAUAAAAUUACUCAUCAAAAUUGUAGCACAACAUUCUCGACAUUAAAAAAAAAAUGCAUUGUUCUACUCGACUGUUUUAUCACCACAAUAUCACACCAACUAAACCUCUAUUGGCCCAUUGUUCAGCAUCUCCUCCCAAUCCUAAUUCCAAACCUAAUUCCAAUCCUAAUCCCAUAUUCCGGCGAGAUUUCACCUCUUCAUCCUUGCUUCUGCUCUUGGUUAACAACCCUUGCCCAUUAAGAGCUGAAACAACCAGCGACAAUGCCGCCUGCGCCGAUCCUUCUCCGACGAAGCAGGUAUUUCUCGACAUAUCAAUAGACGGAGAGCCAAUCGGUCGGAUUAUCGUCGGACUCUACGGCGACGCCGUCCCGGGCGGCGCCGCCAGGUUCAGCGAGAUCGUGAGCGGGUCGCGCGGCGUCAGCUACCGCAGGAAGGAAUUCGUGAAAAUCAUGCCGAACUACGUGCAGCACGGCGGCCUCAGAUCCUACGGCGUGGACGCGGAGCUCGCGCAGAGAACCGGGGGCAAUUCGGCGGCGGCGGCGGUGGGAGGUCUGGUGAGUGAAUGGGAGAAACAGCAGAAGGAGGAAUGCAGGGGGACGAAGAAUGUGGCGAGGAGUGUGGGCAUAAUAGUGAGGGACCCACUGAAACCGCCGCCGAAAAUGAAGCUGGUUGCGCGGAAAGGGAAGCUUGAAAUGGACGAGGAGGAAAUGGGGAAGGAUCCGAAUGGGACUGAGUUUGUGAUAACGAGUCGGGACUCGCCCGAGUUGGACGAGUCGGUAUUGGUAGUGGGGAGAGUGGUGCAAGGAAUGGAUGUUGUGGAGAGAAUGGGUCAAGUCAAGACUGUGCAAGAGAACUCUACUUCUCCAUACUUCAGGGUAGCAAAGCUAAUAGGAGACAAGAGAGCUGUGGUAGCAGAAAGAGGCUUCAACCGACCUUACUCGAAAGUUGUCGUCACAAAUUGCGGUCUCAUUGGAUGAACCAACACCGAUUCUCUUUCAAACAUAAAACAUUAUUCCAGCCGCUGUAUAUUUUGAGAAUUUCGUAAAACAUAGCAUUCUUAUAAUGUAAUGCAAUCAUUGUCUUAGGUUCUUGAGGCUAAUACGACACCACCACGACCAAAAA